CUCUGCCUGUUGUGUACAUCCGCGGCGCAGUGUAAUUCGUCUAAUCGCAUUCCAAGUGACCCGGUGCUUCUUACAAAAAUGCAGUAACUUCCAUCCCUAAAAAAUAAGUCACAUCAUCCCUAUUUUGUCGACAAAUUCCUUGAAGAAUCCACAGGAUCUGUGCAGUGCAAUCGAACACAAUCAACCGCCAUAACCUCGCGUCAGUUCAGUCGUUUCAUGCCUCUCCAUUGAAUCACUGCUCUCAAUUAUUAUCACCUCCAUUGACUCACCAGUCCCAAAUAUUUCAAAGAUUGGUGCAAUCGACUCAGUCAGCGAUCGCAAAGUGAUGGUGUUUAAUUCCGGGGAAAUGCCAAACAUACGUAAUGGAAUAGUGACAAUAAGUGAACAUUUUGCCCAGUGGAAACAAAACAAAGUGAAAUAGCCACUGGUAAUAGUUUCCAGCUAGCUAAAAUUAUUACAACACUUAGAAUCGAAUAGUUUCCAAUAAACAAAUCCCCCUCUCCCUAUUUUUAUAUUUUGUACAGUGAGACACAACACUGAGGCUAGGUAGAACUUCCUUAACCUCUUUUCCAUCUCGGUAAAUCAGUCCUGAAUAAAUUCCCCACACGUGCAAUAAAAGAUAAUAAAUCUCAUCAAAAUGAGACUAGUGGACUCCUCUAAACUUCAUGAGCUUCAAUCCCAGCCAUCGCACAUCCGCAACAUCUGCAUCUUGGCGCACGUGGAUCAUGGUAAGACCACUCUAGCUGAUUCUCUGGUAGCUUCCAAUGGAAUAAUUUCGAACAAGCUGGCAGGUAAACUUCGUUACCUGGACAGUCGUCACGACGAACAGCAGCGAGGUAUAACCAUGAAGUCCAGUUCAAUAGCCCUGUAUCACACCCACAACGAGGAAGAGUAUCUUGUCAAUAUCAUUGACUCUCCAGGUCACGUUGAUUUUGCCUCAGAGGUAUCAACAGCUGUACGUCUUUGUGAUGGUGCUAUUGUUGUGGUGGACGUUGUCGAGGGGGUCUGCCCCCAGACAAGAUCAGCACUAUCAAUGACUUAUGUUGAGGGAUUGAAACCAGUAUUGGUGCUGAAUAAAAUUGAUAGAUUGAUAACAGAGAUGAAGCUUCAACCCCUGGAUGCUUAUGUCCACUUGAAUCAGGUUCUUGAACAGGUGAACGCUGUGAUGGGAGAAAUAUUUGCGAGUGACAUUAUGGAACGGGAGGAAAAAGAGGAUAUGGAUCAUCAGGAGCAAAAUUCAAAGCCUGAUGGCUCCAGCGAUUGGCAAUCAGUGCUGUUGGAGACUGAUGAUUCGAAUCUUUAUUUCUCUCCAGAGCAGGGAAAUGUGCUGUUUACCAGUGCUGUCGAUGGCUGGGGAUUCCAAAUCUCCAAUUUCGCCAAGAUGUUUUCGGAAAAAUUAGGAUUCAGUGAGAAGGUACUGCUCAAGACACUGUGGGGCGACUACUAUCUCAAUAUGAAAGCGAAAAAAAUUGUCAAGGGCGCCCAGGAGAAGGCGAAGAAACCUCUAUUUGUCUCGUUAAUUCUGGAGAACUUGUGGACGCUCUAUGACACUGUGGUUACUAGGAAGGAUAAAGAGAAGAUGUUGAGCAUGGUAGAAAAAUUGAAUGUCAAACUAACAACUAGGGAUUUAAGGCUCACAGACGUUAAGGCUCAACUUCGGACAAUCUGCUGUCAAUGGUUACCACUUUCAAAAUCCUGCCUCGAUGUUGUCUGUAAUAAAGUUCCAUCACCUCUCGGUCUCUCGUCGGAGAAAAUCGAGCGUCUGAUGAGUGGAUAUUCAGAACUCUCUUCCUUACCUGUGGAAACCCAGAGACUAAAAGAAGCUUUUUUGAAGUGUGAUUCAUCUCCAGAGGCUCCCAUAAUCGCGUUCAUUUCCAAAAUGUUUUCUGUGGAACGUAAAAUCCUACCGGAAUUUAAGACCAAGCCAUUGACACAGGAGGAGUUGAUCAGACGUCGGGAAAUCGUGAGACAGCGGCAUGCCAGUAAAUUAGAACAGGAGCAAAAUCAGAAUUCAAUUCAGAACGAGCACCCAGAGUCUCCUUCGUCUUCUUCGUCUUCUGCAUCGCCCUCAAGUCACCCGGACCUACCACCCAGGGACGUGGAAGAGGAGACUCCGUCUGAAGAUGAGUGUGAUGCAGUCAAAGAGAAUCCUCUCAUAGCCUUUGCGAGAGUUUACUCAGGGACAUUGACAGAAGGCUGUGAGGUUUUAAUUCUAGGACCCAAACACAAUCCUCGAAAAGUUCUGGAGAGAAAGAGAGCAGGUGAAUUAGUAGAACCGGCUGAGUCCCUGAAGGAUCUUAAGUCAGGUUGGCACGUGACUAAAGUGAAGAUUACAAAGCUUUAUUUGAUGAUGGGACGAGAAUUAGAGGCGGUCUCAACCGUUCCAGCUGGCAACGUCCUGGGAAUUGGUGGGUUGGAGGAUCAUGUUCUGAAGACUGCGACAAUCUCCACCGAAAUCAUGUGUCCAUCUUUUUCCGAACUCACUUCUUUAUCCGUUCCUAUUCUUCGAGUUGCACUGGAGCCGAAGCAUCCCAACGAUCUUCAGAGCUUGAUCACUGGCUUGAAGCUGCUCAAUCAGGCUGAUGCCUGCGCUCUUAUGCACAUUCAGGAGACAGGAGAAAUCGUUUUAAACACCGCUGGGGAGGUACAUUUGGAGAGGUGUUUAGAGGAUCUCAAGACGAAGUACGCAAAAGUGGAAAUUAACGUGUCUGAACCGAUUGUUUCAUUUAGAGAAACUGUAGUCCCUCCACCGACUGUUGACAUGGUCAACGAGGCAAUUGAGCAGAAGACUGAAGAAGUGAAGCUGGAGUUUUGGACUCCUAAUCGCCAGUGCUGUUUUGAGAUCGAUGCUACUCCACUGCCAGAGAAAGUAACGAAGUUGAUUGAAAAUAAUUCGGAGCUCAUCAAGGAGAUGGAUUCUCAUUGGGAGAGGUUUGGAAAGAAUGGGUUGAAUGAUGAGUUGAGUCUAGCGGGACUAACACUGGAGGAGGUGGAGCUGGGGGAAAGAAAUAAAAAGGCCAUCGAAGAAAUGAAACAGGAAUUGAAAGCAGCUUUUGAUGAAGCUGGGUGGGAACAUGUGCUGGAGAAUAUUUGGUCCUUUGGACCUAGAAAAUGCGGUCCCAAUAUCCUGCUCAAUAGGACGGAUUACAAGAGGAGAGCCUUCUGGGAGUGGCAAAUUAAAGGCUCCAAUGACCCCAGAGCUGCGUUUGAUAGCAGCUUCAUAAAUGGGUUCCAAUUGGCCACACUAGCAGGACCUCUGUGUGAGGAGCCAAUGAUGGGCGUCUGUUUUAUUGUUAAAAAAUGGGAAAUUUAUGAUGACGCAUCAAGUGAGAGUGGACCAAGUCACGGACAUUUGGGUGGUCAAUUGAUGUCAGCUUGCAAAGAAGCAUGUCGACGUGCCUUAAGCUUGCGGAGGCCUCGACUAGUGACUCCCAUGUAUUCUUGCAACGUUCUCGUCAAUUCCGACGUCCUCGGAAAAUUGUACGCUGUUUUUGGAAAAAGACAGGGACGAAUUAUCGCAGCUGAUACCACAGGAUUCGGGGGACAGUUCCGGGUACAUGCGAUACUUCCAGUACCUGAAAGCUUUCAAUUAGCCAGAGAACUGAGGACUCAGACUUCCGGAUUGGCGAGCCCACAGCUUAUUUUCAGUCAUUGGGAGGUGAUCGAACAGGAUCCCUUCUGGAUACCAUCAACUGAAGAGGAAUACCUGCACUUUGGUGAGAAAGGUGACAGCACAAAUCGUGCCAAAAUGUACAUUGACGCAGUGAGAAAGCGGAAAGGCCUCUCCGUUGACUCCCAACUGGUAACUCAUGGCGAAAAACAGAGAACUCUUUCUAAAAAGAAAUAAAUCAGGAGCGAAAACAACAAGCUGAUAUAUGCAUUAACAGUGCAAAAGAUGAAACGCAAAAAUGGUCAGGAACGAAGGGACGAUGCACACCAGUGACAGGUGCAUUCUCUCCUGAAUAAUAAUCAAUUGAGCAAAGUCGUGGGUGGGCAGGAGGCCUUUGAUAGCCUAAAUAGGCAUCUCCGUCGAGAACAGAACAAUAAAUGAAUAUAAAAAUUAGUUUUGAAACAA